AUGAGCGCAAACAGCCCCUCCUGGGACCAAGCUGUUCUCCAGCCUCCGGUGUGUGAUGCUUGGAAGGAGAUUACAGAGGAAGCAGCCUACCAGCUGGCCAGCUGCAUUGUCCUCCUGGGUUACAUGGGGGGAAGCGGCAUCUUUGGGUCCCUCUAUAUCUUUGGCCUCCUGGCCCCAGGCUACUUCUGCUAUGCUCUGUGGGGCUGGCUGAGUGCUUGCGGGCUGGACAUCUUCAUCUGGAACAUGCUGCUGGUCCUCGCCUGCUUGCUUCAGCUGGCUCACCUGGCGUACCGGCUCCGCAGAAACACCAUCCCAGAAGAGUUUGACCUCCUCUACAAGACCAUGUACCUGCCCUUGCAGGUGCCCCUGGAAGUCUACAAAGAAAUUGUGAAGUGCUGUGAGGAGCAGGUGCAGUCGCUAGUCAGAGACCAGAAUUAUGCAGUGGAGGGCAAGACACCCAUUGACCGCCUCUCGCUGCUGCUGUCUGGCAGGAUCCGAGUGUGCCAGGACGGACAAUUCCUUCACUACGUCUUUCCAUACCAGUUCCUGGACUCUCCAGAAUGGGAGUCGCUGCGACCUUCUGAGGAAGGAACUUUCCAGGUGACGCUGACAGCCGAGACCGACUGCAGCUACAUCACCUGGCCGAGGAAGAAGCUGUAUCUCCUCCUGAGGAAGGACCGCUACAUCGCCCGCCUCUUCUCCUCCCAUCUGGGCUAUGACAUCUCGGAGAAGCUCUACUCCCUCAACGAGAAGCUCUUCGCCAAGUUUGGCCUUCGCUUCGACAUCCGCCUGCCCAGCCUCUACCACGUCCUUGGGCCGGCCUCCUCGGAGGGGGAGUCGGAGGACUGUGAGGAGCUGCUGCCGGGCCCUGGCCAGGCCGGCGUCUCUGAGGCGCCGCCGCAGCCGCCACCGCCGCCGCCGGCUCCGCGCCCCCGGGCGUCCCGGCCCGACAGUGAUCUGCUGGCCUCUGAAAACCAUCUCCAGAGCUCUCACCCUCUCUGCAAAGGACGAGCCCCUCUGGCUCCCACUCAGACCCCCGAACUCUAGGGAACAACAGGCUGCUUUCAUCCCGGAGCCCCUCCAAGGGAGCAGAUGCUCACACAGGUUUUUGACCAGAGACACUCUUUAGCAUGCAGAGACGUCUGCCAGCAGAUAUCUACACUCAGGAGCACAUGAAGCACAUGCUUAGGACUGCAGUGUGACACUCCAGCACCUCCCACCCCAUGGCUGUUCACCAGACCUGCCUUCCCCAGCGUGCUUCCACGGUCUGUUUUCUAGUCCUGCCUCUCUGAGGUUGUCAGCAGCUCUGUCACCAAAGUGCACCAAAAUCCUGCAAGCAAUACCAGCCUGCUUGCAGAAU